ACCAGAUGGAGUCAAGUUGCUGCCAUAAGGGCAAGAGAGGUGGAAGAGAAGCGUGACCUCUCCUCUUGCCCAAAGCUAGUGAGCGCGGCUACAGAGUAUGCGGAGGCAGAGCCACAUUCCACCGCCCGGAGCCCCACAAAACUGCAAACCAUCCCCCAAAACUCCAAUACUUUGGGUGGAGGAAAGCGCCAAGGCAGAUAAGAAGGACCAGACUAAAAACAGAGGAGCAGAAACUAAGCCAGAAAAGACUACAAUGAAAGAAGGCUAAGAUCUGGGGAAGGUAAAAAGCGCUACAGACAGACCACGUGCUGACAUUUCAACAACAAGGGAAUCAAAACAAACCUGCGUGGCCCCGCCCAGCGCACGUCACGUGACUGCCGCGUGAGGGGUGCUUCCGGGAAGAGUCCUGCAGCUGCUACGGCGUCUCCUUCCCGUCGUGCGACCCCAGAACCUGGGUCUUGGCCCUCCUUAGAACCCACUCCACUCCGCUCCGGUUUGGGGUUGGGGCGAAGCUAGCCAUGGCCGCAGGCCCGCGGGCGACCGCUGACACGGCCCCUGCAGCUGGAGCUGGAGAGGUGGAAGGUGAACAUAUCAAACCUUUUACACCAGAGAAAGCAAAAGAAAUUAUAAUGUCUUUACAACAACCUGCAAUCUUCUGUAACAUGGCUGUUGAUUGGCCAGCACAACACUGGACUGCUGAACACCUUUCUGAGGUCCUUCAUGGCAAGCAGAUACGAUUCAGGAUGGGAAUGAAAAGAACAGAUACAGUUCCUCAGUUUGAAACUACAUGUGGUUAUGUAGAAGCUACACUUGAAGAGUUUCUGACCUGGAACUGUGACCAGUCUCCUCUUUCCGGACCUUUUAGAGAUUAUGAUCAUUCCAAAUUCUGGGCUUAUGCUGACUAUAAAUAUUUUGUCAGCCUAUUUGAUGACAAGACAGAUAUUUUUGAGGGCGUGAUAUGGUCUGACUUUGGGUUUCCUGGAAGAAAUGGACGGCAAAGUACAUUGUGGAUUGGCUCUAUGGGGGCCCAUACUCCCUGUCAUCUGGACUCCUAUGGUUGCAAUUUAGUAUUCCAGGUACAAGGAAGGAAAAGAUGGCAUCUCUUUCCACCUGAAGAUACUCCUUUCCUUUAUCCAACUAGAAUCCCUUAUGAAGAAUCUAGUGUGUUCAGUAAAAUCAAUGUUGUCAAUCCUGAUUUAAAACGUUUUCCUCGGUUCUGCAAAGCUCGAAGACAUAUGGUUACCCUGAAUCCAGGACAGGUUCUGUUUGUUCCCAGACACUGGUGGCAUUAUGUAGAAUCCAUCGAUCCCGUCACUGUCAGUAUAAACUCAUGGAUUGAGCUGGAAGAGGACCACCAAGCCCGGGUAGAAGAAGCAAUCACACGCAUACUUGUGUGUGCCCUCAAAACUGCAGAGGACCCACACAAUACCAGAGCUUGGUUAAACCCAACUGAGGUUGAGGAAACAUCCCAUGAAGUCAAUUGUCGCUACUUAAAUAGAGCUGUUUCCGCCCUUUUCGAUUAUUACAGAACAUCUAAGGUAGUAGAAGUCCAAGCAAUGAGAACAAACAGAGAGCACAUGAAAAAGGAAGGAUUAAAUGUGCACAAUCACAUGGAGAUGGAACAGACAGGCGGCCACGACUUAAGCUUGGGAGUGGUAAAACAGGAGGCAGCAAGUCUCUUUGGCCCUGAUCUGGUUCCUGUAAUACUGACUUCUGAAGAACUACCCUCAAAGACAGGAAGUAUAUUUGAAGGUGAUGGUAAAGACUUUGUUGGAGAAGAUGGAGAACACUCUGGAAAAUUGCAUUGUACCAAGAGGCAACGAAUGAUGAGUAAAAGUGAGGAUGCAAUUGUGGAGCAAAAUGCUUCAAAUAGUAAUAUGGCUCCUUCUCAAACACUUAUUUCUACAGAUGACUUGCUAGACUGCUUGCUGAACCCACAAGUAACCAGGAUAGUGGCACAGCUUCUGAUACAAGGAAGAAGUUUGUGGUUCUAAGGAAAAUGGCUUUAAAAAUAAUACUUUUAAAAUAUUUUUUUGAAACGGUGUGAUUUUUAAAUAAAAGAUGGAAGAGCAAAAA